AUGUCGCUUGUUGCUACUAGAGAACGACGUCCUAAUGCCGGCAAUAGGAUGAGGGAACUUCUUGAACGAGAAUUGGAAAUAGAAGAAAUGUUCGAAGAAGUGGCAAAUGAUGAAGAUUUUAUGAUGAUUCAAGAAGAGGAUGAUACAAUUGAUUCUGACUUCGAUCAAAGUACUGCAGGAGAAGAUGAAGAUGAAGAAUCUGCGGAAAAACAAAUAUUAGCGGAUGAAAAAAUGGAGAAAAAGAAGAGAGCAAAGAAAUCCAAUUUAACGCCCUUUGCUCCGUUUUUACGCGCAGGAGAUAAAAAAAAAUCUGUAGUAACAUCAAAAGUUGUUCCUGGUCGAGAAAUCAAAAACGAAUCAACUAAAGUAAUAUCAGAAAAGAAAAAGAAACAAGCCUUUCAAGUUCCUCUCUUAUCCGGAACUCGUUCUUCAUCCAGAACGCAUACAGUUCAAAGUAAACAAAUGUUGGCAGAAAAACUGAAAGAGUAUGAAGCAAGAAAGGCUUUAACUCCAAGAAAAGAAAAGAUUCCUGAAAAGCCAAAAACUCAGGAAGAGUUACUUGCACAAGCAAAAAUAACAGAGGAGAAAAAUUUGGCAUCAUUGCGUGCUUAUGAAGUAAAGGAGGCAGAAAAGAAAAAGACAGUAGGCAAACUGAAUAAAAUUAGAAUUACUGGACCUUUUAUCCGUCAGAUUUCUUAUGUAUGUAGUGAUGAUAAAAGGAAUAAGAAAAGGCCAAGAUUAGUAACAGAGGUUUCAACGGAUGAAGAUGGGAACAAAGUUACGAGAGAGAUACAUAGUGAAAUUGACGAAAAUAAUACAAAUAAUAUGAGCGUUACAAAUGAUCAGGAAGAAAAGGAACAAGAAAGCAGGGAGGCAAGAAAUUUAAUUAUAUUUAAGGAUUUUGAUAAAAAACUUGAAGCUGAGUUAUUUCAAGAGUGGAAGAUAAAUCCUAAAGAAAUUGAAAAGGCAAUAUGUCCCAUUACUGGUGAACCUGCAAAAUAUAGAGAUCCAAAAUCUGGUGUACCGUAUGCAAAUAUGGAUGCAUAUAAAAGGUUACAACAAGUACUUGGACAUGAAUAUUUGUGGUCAUCUGAAAAAGGAACUUUUAUUAUAAAAUCUAAGAAUAAGAAGCGUAACGCCAUUAAAGCGAAAAGGGGACCAAAUAGAAUUAGGAACACUCCACAAAUUAUGGUUUUGAUUAAAUUCACUGCGUUAAACGAUUCAAACGUUCUACCAACCGAACAACCAGUAGAUCCACACGAUGCGCCGUUGCGACAAUGCGAAACCUUAUACAAUUUGGCACUUCGGCGCGAUCAUACUAAUGCAAAGGAAUUAUAUGUGAAACUUCUAAAACACGAUUUAAUGAAAAAUACAACGUUUCAAGUUCCAAACAAUGGUAUACCAUUAUCACAACGUAUUACUCGAUUAAAAUACUGUGUGUUAAAGAAUUAUGCAGAAUUAUUAGAACACGAGCAUCAGAUUCAUAGAACUAAAAUCGAUGCACAAAAUGCAAUCGAAUAUUAUCAUAGGGCGUUAAGAAUUGAUCAAUCUGACCAUAGUAUCUGGUUAAAGAUCGGGAAACUUGCAAUGUCAGAAGAGAUUAAUGAUCCCCAAUAUGCUCGCUCAGCCUUAACAAAAGCAUUAGAAGACUUCGAUGUUGCACAAUCGUUUUCAAAUUUUGAUGAAGAAAUGCACGUACCUCCCGUAUUCCUCUCACCGAUCCAUCAAGAAGCUUUAAGAGAAUUAUGCCGUCUUUUGUAUGACAUUGGUGAUUUUUAUGCUUGUCUGCGUGCAAUUGAUAAAGGCUUGAAAGCAGACCCUUACAAUCAGACACUUAAUCAACUCAGAAUUCAACUUUUAGAGAAUACAUGGGUUAGAUCAUUAUUACCAAACGAUUAUUAUGAAAACUCUCCACCCAUAAUAAGACCUUUAUAUUCGGAGGAUAUACCAAGACGUUUGAAACCAUCCGGAGUGUUUAGUCCAAAUGCAAUGAAAUCAUUGCGAUUUAAUUUGCCAAAUUGUACGUGGAAUGGGCUAGGUGAAUGUUUACUAAUUGUAUAUGACAAAAUCAUGUCUGGUAAGAUUGUCGAUGACGAUUCGCUCAUUCCAGUCAAAAGUCGACACAUCAUAAUAGACCUUCAAGGCAAUGUUGUCAAAACUCCGGAUAUGAAUGACGCUAGUGGAACUGCUCAAAGGCGAAAAAGGAAGGAGCCUCCAAAUGACUACAGUAAUGAUAAAACUACACAGACACGAUCAUCGCGUGUUACGUCUAAAAUUACAUCAAAAAUAGACUCCUUUAAUCAAAAACGGAAUAAUUCUUCAUUGGAAUUUCUUGAAAAAAUCGAAUCAAUCAUAGAAAAAGUAGAACCUGGUUAUUUAAUAAACAUUAAGCAAGAAGAUGACGCAGAAAACGAUAAAUUUCUUUUAUAUUUUAGUAAAGUUUGGAAUCAACAUGUUCUAAGCGAGUAUCAUGGAUCAAAUGUCGAAGAGGCCAUAAAUAAUCCGAGGACAAACACUGCAUCUGAUCCUCGAUUCUAUAUGUUUACCCCUCAUACCGAUCCACCGUCACCUAAUUCUUAUUUUCAUGAUAACUACCGAACGCAAGAAUCAUUUGCAACAUUCGUUAAUGACAUAAAUAAUAAAAAUUCUGGAAUUACAGACUAUUUAUGCAUGUUCAUUAUACAUUUGUUUGGAAAAUUGGUGGAAACUGAAGAUGGGAUUAAGCCGUUGUGGCUUUGUCGAUGGCCAGAUGGAUUGAAAGAAAUCGUUAGAGAGAUUCUACAAAGGGUUGACAAUCAAUUGUUGGCAAUGAUCGAAAAUACUUGUACUGAUUGGGACAGAUCAGUCAAUUGUGCCAAUGUGAUUAUGGAGGAAUGCUGCGAUAACAUUUUUCAACAAAUGAAGCAAAAAUCCGAGGUCUUGAUGGGCAUAUGCGAAUUUUUAUUUGAUUCUCAAAUAUCAAGAAAUGGUAUUACAACUCCUGAAGAUGCUCAAGAUUCUCCAAGUCGUUGUCAGGAAAUGCCUUCCAAUUUGCAAAUUACUUUAGACAUGUGUAGGUGGUUAAUAUAUCGUUCAUCAUGGAACAUAAUGGAUUUUGUGUCUUAUGCUGAAUCUCAAGGGCCACUAUAUGAAGAGGAUGUUAGGAAAUGGGAAUACCAUCAUAAGAUGUGGAAAAUGUGGUCAAAUCAAUUGAACGCAAGAUAUUGGUGGUGUACUGCUCGUAUGGACUUUUGGCAAGGAGAUUUAGAUAAAGCAAGGACUUCUUUUGAUGAAUGCAAGAGGAUCCUUGAACUGGGUGAAUGCGUCGGAUCAUUGGAGUCUCGUAAAGAAUUGCCAGAAGAUGAUUGGUCACGUACAAUUACACAUUUUUCUGAUACGAUCAAAUUUUUGCUAAAUUGGGUUUCUGAUAACAUUGAUGAAGAUAGGGUGGUUCAAUUUUGGACCACGAUUCAUUCGAUAAAUGAUGCUAUAUCAAAAAUUGCUGAACUCAUGUCGGAAGGACAUUCAGUUGCCAACCUUCCAGAAAAUGAAUAUAUGACAUUCAAAAAACAUUUCCGUAUAUUGUAUAAAACGAGUUUUGAAAUACUAUUUCCAAAAACUGAAGAGAUUGUAAAUGCAGAAGCUGAAUCAAGCGAACCUCUUCAUAUCUUGUGUGCUCGUACAUGGAUCUUAUUUUACCAUUUAUUAAAAGAAAAUUCUUCCGUUUCGAGUGAAGAAUUCGUUGAAUUUUUAGUCACCGUUCAUGAUCAGCUAGGGGAGCGUUAUAUUUGCGGAACAGAUAAUGGUGCAUUUUUAAAAUUUUGCAUAAAAGCCUUUACCGAACUUCAUCCAUCAGAAAACCGUAUACACGAAUAUCAAUGCUGCCAUUGUUUAUAUCGAGUCGUUCUCAGUGUUGAUACCGAAGUUCCAUGGGACCAUAAAACCCAGCCUGUUGAACUCGAUAUCAAAACAGCGGAAUUGCUUUUCAAGAACAUUCGAAAUUAUAUUAACGAAAAACCAUUCCGGACUUGGCAGAUCAAGAAUGAUGUCAAGGACACUUUAGAUAAGAUAGCUAAUAUAGUGAUUCCCCCGCGAAGUGACCGUUUCAAUCAAUGUAGCUGGAGGACACAACAUUUUCUUGAUAGUGAAAUUAAUUUUUAUGAAGCUAUUCAAUAUAAAGAACACGAUCAUUACGUUAGCGACCUUGGUGCAGUUUCCUAUAGAGAUGCCGGAGAGGCUAUCACGGAUCUUUAUUAUUUCCGUGGAAAAAUUCUGCAGUAUCAAUUCAAGACCCGUACAAAGGGUAAUCAAACAAAGGCAGUAGAAACAUUGGAAAGGGCUAUAGAACAAUUCACUUAUGAUCUUUCCAAUAAUCCACUAAGGUUCGCUUCAUGGUAUGCAUUGGGAUCUUGUUAUGCAAGUCUUGCUGAUGAAAAUUUAACAUGGAACGCCGAAGAGAUAAUAAAUAAUCGAGGAAGGAUUGCAAAAUAUCAGAAGAAAUCAUUUCUUUGUUAUGCGAGAGCUGCGAAGGUGAUUACCUGGUUUUCUGGACAGCAAUCGCUAGCAGUACCAAGUGAUGAAGUGAAUUUUUGGAGAGAUUUUGGUUAUCAGGUUUAUUCAAUGAUUACCGAACCUAUGUCAAUGGAAGCAUUUCAAUUAAAUCCCUAUCAUGCUGUGUUAUGGCGCAAACCAAGUUUCAAGGAUGCUUACGCAUUUUCUGCUUAUUGCUUUGGGAAAGCAAUGCAGAAUGAGAGAUAUUUAAUUGAGAAUCAAAGUGAUAAUGGAAAUGGAAUGCCAAUGAUUCAUGAUUGGAGGAUACCUUAUAUGCUUGGCAAAUGUUACCAAAAACUUGAAAAACCACCAGAGGUGGUUAUUCAAUUAUAUAAAUUGGCUGUGGAUCGAACUCCUGAAAAAUCUGGUGUUUCCGGUCAAGAAAAAAUACUGGAUGCUGAGUAUAAAAUGACUUCGACGUUAUCCAAAUAUUUAAUAAAGGGUCAAAUAAAGCCAUCUCUUAUUGAGAAAUAUCUUGAUAUCGAUAUUGAGGGUGAUGAUGUUGCUGCUGUUACUGCCGUUACUGCCGCCCAUAAGGAAUCACAAGAAGAUCAUCUAGAAAACUUUGAUAUAAAUAUACCUGAAUACCGUCACGCGUAUGAUAUUAUCUGUUCUAAACUUGAAAAUAUACGCAAAGCUGAUAAAAAUAAAUGGCAUCAUCGUCCGAUAUUUAGACAUGCACGCUUACUUUAUCGUGUGGAAAAUAAGCCGGAAAUUGCCAAAUCAAUACUAUCACCUUUGUUUCAUUUAAAGUUGACAUCUAAAACGUUUAUGAAUGUUUGGAAACCUGAAUUCGAAAGAUCAGGCAGACACUUUGUUUACGUACACAAAUAUAUACUAUUCUAUAUGAAACUGGCAAAGGUGACAUUGGAUGUUGAUACGUUAAAUAAAAUUUCGGAAAAACUUCGAAAAGCUUCCAAUAUAGUUCUUAAGGACGAAAUAAUACAGACGAAAUUGGCGAGCGCUUCUAAAUAUGUUGAAGAGAUGAUUAAGCAAACUGUUGAUAAAGAAGUGAACAUCCAAAUUAAUGAGGAGGAAAAGGGAUUGGAAAUGGAAUUCGAUGAAAGAGCUAAUGAUCAGCAUGAGCAGCAGCAACACAAAGAACCAACAACUAAUGUUAUGUCUGUGGCAUCCUUAAUAACGCAGGAUAGUGACCCUAUGUUUUUCUAA